AUGCUAGGGCGAGACGCUGCACAGAUAGAAUCUUGCUCCUCUACAAUUGCUAGACGAGAUGACCAGACCCUGCUGUACCGGGAUGACCAGCUGAUGUUGCCUCAUCGCGCCAUUUCUUGCACCCGGAGGGUAUACGUCGCUGUCCUGCUCCUGGCAGCUUCCAUCAGGGGAGAAGAUGCCAAGAAGUCAACCAAGAGAGGAGUGUUCGGCGAGGGACUGGUAGGAGGAUACGGUCUUGGAAGUGGUGGAUACUCUCUUGGAAGCGGCAGCCUAGGCGUUGGAGGAAGUAGCUAUGGUCUCGGAGGAAGUUACGGAGGAAGUUAUGGUCUUGGAGGAGGAAGUUACGGCCUUGGAGGAGGAAGUUAUGGUCUUGGAGGAGGAAGCUAUGGUCUUGGAGGAAGAAGCUACGGUCUUGGAGGAAGAGGUUAUGGUUUGGGCUCCGGAAGUAUUGGAGGUCUCUACAGCGGUCUUGGAGGCUACGGGGGAAGUUAUGGUCUAGGAGGAAGUUCUCUUGGUCUCAACUACGGCUCCAGCCCCGUCGUCAACACCGUCUCUCACGCUGUUCCCGUUCCCGUUCCACACCCCGUACCUGUUCCUGUUACUCGUCACGUGCCUGUACCUGUUCCUCAAGCCGUCCCAGUUCCCGUCCCGAGACCUUACCCCGUCCCCGUCCCACAACCCUACCCAGUAACAGUUACGCGUCAUGUUCCAGUCACAGUUACACGUCCAGUUCCCCACCCUGUUCCCCACCCGGUACCAGUCGCAGUUCCUAGACCGUACCCUGUUCCUGUUCCCCAACCGUACCCUGUAACUGUUACUAGGAACGUACCUGUUCCAGUGCCACAUCCUGUAAUAGUCCGUCAGCCUGUAGCUGUCCACUCUGGUAUCUCUUCCUAUGGUGGAAGUGUAGGAUCUCUGGGAUCUCUGGGAUCAUACGGUGGAAUUGGAUCAUCCUACGGUGGAUCCAUUGGAUCAUACGGAAAUGGUAUUGGGUCAUCCAUUGGAUCAUACGGAAGCAGCAUUGGAUCAUCCAUUGGAUCAUACGGAAGCGGUAUUGGAUCAUCUAUUGGAUCGUACGGUGGUUCUCUAGGGUCUUCCAUCGGAUCAUCCUACGGACAUGGAGGUUCCAUUGGAUCUUACGGAGGCUCUCUUGGUUCCUACGGAGGUUCUUCCUACGGUCACCACUAGACAUAAUAUACGGCCAUAUUGUCCGUGCCAUCACCUCCUCUAGUAUAGGCUCUCAAAGAAGUUAACCAGAGGACACCACCUGUGAUUUUGUACUCAAUUAGUGUUAUUUUUAUUUUAGUUACCAUUGUGAAACCAAAUGCUCAAAGUAUUUAUUAAAGGAUUGUU